AUGGAGACUGAAGUGAAGAGAAGAGUCGGAAGACCCGGCAGAAAGAAGUUAGAUGCAGACGCCAAGAAUAAGAGAACUCAGCAGAAUAGAAUGGCUCAAAGGGCAUUUAGAGAACGUAAAGAGGCAAAAUUGAAGUUAUUGGAGAACGAAGUUGAUAAAUUACAAUUAGAAAACUUGAGUAAAGCGGAAAUUAUAGAAUUUUUGAAGCAGAAUGUGAUGACUCUACUGGGUGAAAUCAAAAACUAUAGAAAGCAAACUAACAAAGAUAAAAAGCUUCUAGAUACCAUUGGUAAAUUGGAAAAUGAUGGUAUGGACGCCACCACAUUACAACAUUCCCCAGUGUCAAAUUACGGUUCUCCACCGGUGCUAUCGCAUGACGAAGACGAUGAAAUAGAAGAACAUGACGAUGAGGAAGAUGAAGACGUGAAAAGAGAACGUUUUCAACAGGAUAUACUGAGUAACACAUGGACAGAAAAUGAGUUCCAACAAGACCUCAUAUCCUGGACAGACUUACAUGCCGGCGACGUCCUGGAAUGGGAUAUGCCCUUCCAAAACGACGCUACGGCAGUCAAAUGCGAUUUGAUGACGAACUACAUCAACAACGGAAUGGACACGUCAUGUCGCUCUUGCUCUCAAUGCAUAGGAGAAGUCUCUCUCGCCCACAUCAAGGACUUCGACAAACUAUGCCAGGAACUCUUCGACUUGAUAACCAUCACCGAAGAGCCCUUCUCAAAGAAAAGAGUUGCAAUGAUCAGUCUUAUCGACCUCAGAAACGUCAUACUCAGACAUGCAAUGUAA